AUGAUUAUUCCAAUCCGCUGUUUCUCGUGUGGCAAGGUCACCGGUGACCUGUGGGAGAGAUACCUGAAGCUCGUGGAUGACGGCGCGACGGAUGGUGAGGCCAUGGACCAGCUCGGUCUCAAGCGUUACUGCUGUCGCCGCAUGAUCAUGACGCACGUCGAUCUGAUUGAGAAGCUCCUCAAGUACACCCCCGAGGGACGACACGAGAAGAAGGUCACACUCCACCGUGGCUAG